AUGGAAUCUCAAGAUAUGACACCAGAAAGCUAUAACUUGGCUGGGAAGAAAGCAUCAACUAAUGUCCUAUGGACUGCAAUGAUGACAUCUUUCAUGUUAACAUCUCUUGUUGAGCAAGCGAAUCUUGGCCUUAAAUCUGAUAAGGGAUUUAAGAAUGUUGCUCUCAACGCAGUUGCAAGAGCUGUUAGUGCAAGGUUCAACCUAACUGUAAGUGAUACACAUGUCAACAAUCGUCUUCGGCAUGUAAGAAAAAUAUGGUUAAUUAUUAAGAAAAUUAUGAGUUUAAGUGGUGUGUCAUGGGAUGAUGUGGAGAAAAAAAUAGUCAUGGGGGAAGAGGAAUACCAAAUAUACAUACAGGCGCACCCUGGAGAGGAGAUUUAUAUCAAUAAACCAAUACAAGAUUAUGAUGAAAUGGCCAUUGUAUGUGGAAAUGAUCAAGCAACAAGGUCUUUUGCAAGAACGGGUGCUCAAAGUGCUAGGAGCCUAGGUGCACGCAUGGAUCAAUCACCAACAUCAUCGGUAAUUGAUCUUGACAACCAAACACAAAGAUUUUAUGAUUUUGAUGACUUUGCACCAAGUGAAACUCCUACUAAUGACACACCAACGACUGCAACUUCCUCGGCUAAAAAAGGUAAAAAAAGAGCGAAGCAUGCUAACGCAGAUCAAGAAAUCAUGCAAGAUGUAAAGUUUGAACUAGGAAGAAUUGCAAAUGCGUUAGAGACGGACAAAAGCAAAUUUUUUAGUAAAGAAUUGCUUGAUGAAAUCAUGACUUUGAGUGCUCACUAUAGUGAGUACGACCUUGGACGAGCAUACGACUAUUUGCUCCAAAAUCUUCCUUUAGCAAAUGGAUUUAUGAAUAAAACCCAUACUCUUUGGUGUAUUUGGAUGGAUGACUUUCUUGAUCGUUUAAGGGAUGAUCGCCAAGCAUGA